AUGCUGCCUAUAGCUGUGAAGAAUGAUAUAAGCUUGAAGGCCUUGGUGGACAAGGGGAGCAACACAAUUAUCUUCGUAGAGUCUGAUAACGAUUUUAUUGAUGUUCUCUUGAGUUUCUUGACAAUACCAAUGGGAACAAUUGUCAGGCGUGCCCGUAAACAUUCAGUACCGCUGGAAAUAGGUUGCAUGAGCAAUUUGUACCCCAGUGUUGCGAAUAUCGAUGUUCGGCAUUUCCAGACUGAAGCAUGUAAAGAGAUGUUGCUAUGA